AUGGAAGUAAACCACGAAGCAAUGAACAAUGCGGGGAACGCUACGGCUCCUACAUCUGCAAGGCCUAGAGAGCCAUCAAAUGCAAUGGAGCAUGAUCCUUCUUCAGCACCUCAGAUCGUGGACCCAUCAAAUCCCCCCAUGAGUUUUCGAUCUGGCGCAGUACCAGACCAAUAUGAGUCGUAUCCGGAGGUAAUGCCACCGCAGGGACUUGGUCCACCAUCUGCGUACCCUCAGUCCGCGCAGACGAUAUCACCAGUUCAGCCAGGGGGCUCUUACGAUAGAUAUGCUAUAUCUCCACCCCCACUCGGACAAAACCAACCCUUGAUGCAAAAUGCACAAUACGGGCAGGCACCGAAUGCCACUGAGGCGGAAAAAUCAUACUACCAACCAACAUAUGGGGUUAGUCAGCCACCACCACCGACACCUUACAGUAAUGCGAAUACUCUUAUCCCGGAUCAACAUACUGCGGCUCCUUCGUACGACAAAGUUGGGGGAGCGGGUGCAACUCUCCCACCGCCUGUUGCAUAUAGUCCACCAGCCGGCGAUGGUGAGAAAAAAAUAUUAGGAAUGAAGAAGAAGACUUUUUGGAUUGUCUUGAUAGUUGUGAUCGUUUUAAUAUUAGCUGGUAUCGGUGGUGCUGUAGGAGGUGUCCUCUCGAGCAAGGAUGACGGUGAUGACAAAAAUGACAAUCUUGGUACCGAUCGUGGCAAUGGCACAAGAGGAGGCGGUGGUGAUAACGGCGGCACCUACACCCCAUACGCACUUACGACUGGUCAAAGAACACUCAGUCUGAGAUAUUCCGAGAGCCGAGGAUCGUGCAAUGAUCCCGAAAAUCUGGGCGGCAGCGGCGUCAUCGACUGCUUUGCUACGUCAACUUAUAUCGUUCGUAUCGAUGGUAGCGUUAAAGACGGCUACACGCUCUCUAGUGUUGAUGUUCAAGGAAGCACUUUCAGCAAUGUUCGCGGGACUCCACCAACAACUUCAGAUCCUAACGAGCCCAACAGUGGGUGGGCAUUCGAAGUUUCCUUCACCCAAGGCGGAUCCUGUGCAACCAACAGACUUACAAAAUAUGUGUUUGGCAUGGAUGAGAAUAUAUAUGCUAUUGGAGAAGCUUUUAGUCUUCGACAACAGUGCUCAAAACAGACUGGAGAGAUAUUCGCCGCAGGGACCGCGUGUACAUGCGUCGGAAUCUCAACAACGGCAGAGUAA